AGUCCGCAUCAUAAAGAGAGAAACGCGGCGCACGCUCCGCCUCCGCCACAGGAGACCAGGACUGUGCAGUUUGGAAACAGCGUCCUGUCUCUCGGCGGUUCUCGGUCGUGGAGCGAUAACAAGCGACUCCACAAGAGGGACUGUUCUAGAAAGACCCGGUAUUCCAGCGGAGGAGGACGCACAGAGCAGGACGCACAGAGCAGGACGCACAGAGGAGGACGCACAGAGCAGGACGCACAGAGGAGGACGCACAGAGGAGGACGCACAGAGGAGGACGCACAGAGCAGGACGCACAGAGGAGGACGCCGCUCUGUUAAAGCGCACCUCUGAAAAGUGGCCCGCUUCAGUAGAUCUCAUCCAUGGGACAGCCUGUGCUCUCUGUCCCUUAGACUCCACUGUCCUCUAUCCGGGAGCUUUGCCUCUGCGUCCUAAACUCGGUGGAGGCACUGCCCAGAGCCAUCAUGAGGAGCACAGAGGAGGGAGACGCGUUUGACGGAGAGGCCUCCAACACUUCCAUGAUCUCUGGAGCCAGCAGCCCGUACCAGCCCACCACAGAGCCCGUGCACUCACGCAGCAUGUUCUGGGGACUGAGGUUUGACAUGGACUACCUCAAGUCCUACUUCGGGCUCCUGAAGGUGGUCGAAGUGGUUCUGUCCCUGAUUGGCUUCAUCUGUAUAGAGACCAUAAUGAGGUGCUCCCCCUGCGGAGGCAUCUACUUCUUUGAGUUCGUGAGCUGCACAGCGUUUGUAGUGACUGGGGUCCUUCUCUUCAUCUUCUGCCUCAAUUUACACACCAAGGUGCCCCAAAUCAACUGGAAUCUCACAGACCUGGCGAACACGGCUGCCAGUACCAUCUUUUUCUUCCUUUGUUCUCUGGUGUUGGCCAUCGUCAAUCACAGCACAGGAGCAGAGAUCGCAGCCACAUUCUUCGGCUUCCUGGUCACAUUUGUCUAUGCGGUCAACACCUUCCUCGCCGUCCGCAGGUGGCGCCGUGGCAACAACAGUCAGGGCGGAGCACAGGGCAGCGAGUACAUGAGAGCUCGCACUGCAUCCAGAGGAGAGAUGGAGGCCAGGCCGGAUCUUGCGUAAAGCGACGGUUUAAUAAUAAUAAAAAUGGAAGUCCCCAAACUCUUCUGGCAGCUGGCGACGACACACACGGCCCGACACGUGAACACGUCAUCUGUGAUCAUCUGUGAUCACGCUCCGGGGCUGGGCAGGCUCUCAGUGUGUCAUGGUUGGAGAUGUUGAAGAAUGAAUGACCUCGCCUCUAAAAGCAGCACUGUUGUUUCAGUUGAGCCGAUGAAAGACUGCCCCCUGGUGGAUUGAACUCACUGUGAAUCACAUCAUAGUACAAGUACUUUAUUUGAUUUUGUGUUGGAGAAGCUCCGCUCGUGGACUGGACCAAACUGAGGAGACCACAAACAUUUAGACUGUGUCAGAGAAUGAUACGAGCCUUUGUGUUUUAUCCCAGUCCGAGGUUCACUGUGGACACUUUUUUAUGAUUUUUGAAGAUUUGAUUUUACUGCAGUUUUUCUUUUAUUCUCUUUUGCCAUGUGACGUUUAACAGCUUUUGAGAUCAGUUUUACACAGGGUUCAAGACUUUCCAAAUGACAGAACACUAAAAAUAUGUGUGUUGUUUCCUAAGGACCAAAAAUUGAAUUAAUUUAUGAAAUUUUGAACAGAAAAACAAUCAUCGCCGACCACAGGCCUCUAUUUAACUCUAUGAAACUGAGUAUUUCAAGUCUAAACUUUUUGAUUACUAUUGUGCCUUAAACUCAAAUGUGAACAUUCUCAGUCCAAACCUCUCACAUUUGCUUCGUUCUGUGUUAAUGUCAAAGUUUGACUUCAGUUUGUGUAAAAGUUUGAUGAUUUUAGACACAGUGUGUUCUGUUUUAUUAAUAGUGAAUCAUAUCUUCCACCAUCAAUAUUUAAUUUGUAACUUUAUAUUUAAUGUUUUUCUUUGCUCUUGAGUCUGUGUAUAACCAGCCCCCUCAGGCCAAAAAUAUGACUCUACAGCGCCACCUGCUGGUGUGAACUUGAACGGUUGUGUCAGUCUCUUCUCUUCUGUGGCUGUUGAAUGUGGAGGUGGUUUGUUCUUUUUUAAACAUCACACAAAUAGAAUCACUGACACUGUCUUAGUUUGACGUGACCAAAAGUUGCUGAAUGGACAAUCACUUUGUGUUAAAAGUGUCUGAAUGUAAAAUAAACUGCCACAAAUCAACUCAAUCUAAAACUAUUUUGAGCUACAAUGAAGAGAUCAACUGAUUCAGUGUAAUUUACAGCAAAGACUCUGAUGAUGAAGACUCUGAUGAUGAAGACUCUGAUGAUGAAGGCUCCAGUCCUUCAUUUAGGAUAUUUUCAAUGAGGUUUGGUUUAUAAAGUGUCGUCUGGAAUAAAUCCAUUUCAACAUUCU